AUGGUUCUAUCACUGAUCAUUUCACUAAUCACUAUCAUCUUCGUCGCCGUCAUGCUUCACCAACGUCGUCAAAGAUCCAACAUACCGCCGGGACCACCACCACGGUUUAUGAUCGGAAACUUUCAUCAACUCAAACCACUAUGGACUCAUUCUUUCUCCGAAUGGUCAAAGACUUAUGGUCCCAUCAUAUCGGUUUGGUUAGGGUCACAGCUCGCUGUUGUUGUCUCAAGCUCUGACUUAGACAAACAAGUGUUGAGAGACAAAGACAAUCAGCUGUGUAACCGACACAGAACCGCUAGAAUGACGCAGAACGGUUCUGAUCUUAUCUGGUCUGAUUACGGUCCACAUUAUGUGAAACUGAGGAAGCUAUGCACACUCGAGCUUUUCUCUUUUAAAAGCAUUGAGAGUUACAGGUUCGUGAGAGAGAUGGAAGUGAGAUACAUGGUUAGGUCGAUCUUCAUGGACUUGAUGAGCGUUUCAGGCGAUUGUCAGAAACCAGUGAUGCUGAGAAUGUAUCUAACUUCGGUUGCUUUGAACAUUGUUUCAAGAUUAGUCAUCGGAAAAACAUUUGAACCUAAAGAAGGUAAAGAGCUUAAGUCGAUCGUUGAUAAAGAGACUCGCUUACCCGGUGCAACCAAGCUGACUUGGCGUAGACGUGUUUCGUCUUGGUUCGCUAGAGACAAGGUGUUCAUGAAGCACAUGGCUCGGAGAAAGAAUUGGCUUAGAAGAGCUGUAAUGGAGGAAGGAUAUGGAGAGAGAGAGCGAAAGUGUUUCGUUCAGAGUCUGUUAGUGUUAAAAGAGAAGAAUGAGACGAGUGAAGAGACGGUUAUAGGACUUGUAUGGAACAUGUUAACCGCAGGAGCUGACACAAUGGCCAUAGCUAUAGAAUGGGCAAUGGCAGAGAUGAUCAGAAACCCUAACGUGCAAGAAAAGGCACAAAAGGAACUUGAUUCAGUAGUUGGAUCCGGAAGGUUAAUGACUGAAGCAGAUAUCCCAAAACUUCCGUAUCUGCAGUGUGUAGUCAAAGAAGCUCUCAGGCUUCACCCUCCAACACCAUUGAUGCUUCCACACAAGGCUAGUGGAACAGUUUGGUUAGGUGGAUACAAGGUUCCUCAAGGAACAACGGUUUACGUCAACGUACAGGCCAUCGGUCGAGAUCCGGAAAACUGGAGAAACCCGGAUGAGUUUGAACCAGAUCGGUUUCAACUCGAUGAAACCGAUGUCAAAGGUCAAGACUUCCGUGUUCUUCCGUUUGGUUCGGGAAGAAGAGUGUGUCCAGCUGCACAGCUCAGCAUCAAUAUGAUCACAUUAGCAAUUGGUAACUUUGCUGCAUUGCUUCUCUUGGACUUCCUCUACAGAGCACAUCGACAUGGCAGAGAAGCCUGGAUUAGUUUGUUACAUGAAGACUCCAUUGCAGGCAUUAGCUUGCUCCAGGCUGCCACAAAAGUCUUACCUUAA